CUUUUCACCCUUUCCCGCAGGGUGUCCGGGCGCGGUGCCGCGUGAUUGUAAAGAGCGGCGUGCCCGGCUGCAGUCAGUAGAACGGCUUUCCCUCCCACAAUGCCGUGCGCGGCGGGAGCGCGAGGUUUCUAAGGCUCGGCCGCGAGGAGGGAGAGGAGGCCCGAUUCUUUUCCUUCACGGGGGAGGAGGAGGAGGAGGAGGCGAAAUGGCGGCCGCGCUGCUGGCCCGAGUGUUUUCGUCUCUGCCUCGGCCGCGGUAUAUCCUCAGUGCUACGUGCCCUGUGGAUAAAUGGUUUUCAAAAUAUGUAAGUUCAGAUAAUCGUCCAAAGAAGCCAUUGUCAGCCUACCUUCGCUUCUUUGUAGACCAGCAGCCCAUUUAUAGGAAACAAAAUCCAGGUUUAGGUAUCUUGGACAUAACCAGAAAGAUAGCAUUUGAUUGGAAGGAGCUACCUUCGUCUGCAAAACAAACUUAUGAAACAGCUGCAGAAGCUGAAAUGCAACUCUACAAAGAACAGUUGGCCAAGUACAAAGCUCAGCUAACACCUGCUCAAGAGAAAGCUUUGAAAGAAGAGAAAAUGCAGAAAAUGGAAAAAAGAAGAGCAAACAUAAAAAAGAGGAAAUUAGCUAUGCUUGGAAAACCUAAAAGACCUCGUAGUGCCUUGAACAUUUUUGUGGCUGAACAUUUCCAAGAAGCUAAAGGAGUUUCACCUCAGGGAAAGCUGAAAUAUUUAUUUGACGAAUGGAAGAAAAUGCCCACUUCUCUAAAACAGGCAUAUUUGCAGCUUGCAGAGGAUGAUAAAGUUCGUUACAAAAAUGAAAUCACAUCGUGGGAGGAGCAUAUGAAAGAAAUUGGACAUGAAGAUCUUGUACGUUAUAGAAGCAAAAGACAAAUACUGACAGAGAGAACUAAAAAAUGACUUCAAAAAUUGUACCACAAAAAAUGUACAAGCAAAGGAAUUGGAAUAAAUUAUAAAAUGUAGUUUCAUUGUUUGAAAGCUAGUGAUCCAUUUAUGGAAAAACUGCUAUAUAAUGGGUGUUUUACAUUUGUAGAAGCUCAACAACAGGUAGAAUAAAUCAGUGUGUGAAAAAUUAAGCAGUGGUUGAUCACACGAGAGGAAUUUUUUUUUGUUUACUUAAAUGUAAAAAUAAAUGUUACCUUCUGAAUGAAAAGCAUUUUGUAUUGAAACCCAUGAUGUGUGUAAAAAUAUUAUUUCCUUGGCUUAUUUGGAAUUAGAAUUGAAUAUAGGCUGCAAAUCUGUUUCACACAAAUAAUUUGUGGAAUCACUGGGGACGCAUGUAUAUUGCUGAUUACAGCCAUGUAAUUAAAAACUGCUGAGCUACAAAUUUUCAGUAGUGCUUUUAUCUGUUUUUAUAUGUGUCUCGCAAGAUUAUUAUUUAUACUGCUCAGAAUAAAAUAGCAACUUUUAUACAAAA